GUUUUUACUUCCAUGUCCGACAUCGAAGAGCAAGCUAACAAAAAAAGAAAAAUGUCUCCAUCCGCUCAGUCCCUUGCACCCGCUGCUUCACUUCUCAUCAAGCGGCUUUCAGACAAGGCAAAACUCCCUACAAGAGGAUCCGCUCUCGCUGCGGGCUACGACUUGUACAGUGCUGAAAAGAAAACUAUUCCUGCUCGUGGCUCGGCCGCAGUCAACACACAACUGUCGCUAGCUGUUCCUAUUGGAACAUAUGGUCGCGUCGCACCGAGGAGCGGCCUUGCUUCCAAGCAUAUGAUUGCCACGGGCGCUGGGGUGGUGGAUGCUGACUAUCGAGGACCACUCUUUGUCUUGCUUUUCAACCACUCUGAGAAGGAUUUCGAAGUUGAGGAAGGAGAUCGUAUAGCACAGUUGGUGCUGGAAAAAAUCAUGACGCCCGAAGUAUUGGAAGUCCAGGAUCUUGAUGAGACACUUCGCGGGGCUAACGGGUUCGGGUCAACCGGAGGCCAUGGUUCUCUUUGAUUAUGGAUUGUAUCGAUGACUUGUAUGACUCCUGAUGUACUGCUUCCAUGUUGCUCCCUUGACUUUAUCAACAACAAGGAGGAACAACAAUAGAAUUGCUUCGCCGUCACA